AUGGAGCGCAACGAUCCCCCAGCGCGACGGAAGUCCUGUCAAGCCUGCAAAAAGGCGCGUCGGAGAUGCGAUCUGGCGCGUCCGACAUGUCAGCGCUGCGCUCAGCGAAACAUCCACUGCCAUUAUCCUUCUGCGCCUGCGCCACGCGAGGGCGCCAGCUGCAUACACCCCGAAAUCCAGAUUUCUAAUAUUGAGGGUCUACUUGCGCCAUCAUGCUUUGGGAUGCUUGAUUCCAUCCUGGAACCAACAGACCAUUUCGCAGACCAACUGUUCGACGGGUCAUUGGAUUGCGAUACUUCUAAUUGGUCCACGCCGCGGCUUUCAACCACGGCUCAAAAUGCGUUGAACCGGUCUCAGCUAGUUACUAUUCCUCAGGUUACAAGAUCGAUUUCAUCCCGACUCCAGUAUGCUAUGGAUGCGAUAUUAAAGGGCCCUUCGCAAAUGGUUUCAGAGAAUCAGACGCCUUGGUGCCAUUCGCAUCUAUACGAUGACGGAAUGCCUAAAUCCAUGCAGCAUGCGGUAUCUUCUGCUGCACUCCAUGCGGCAAAGAACCAUCUCAACGCCAGAGUCAUCCGCGAAAACGUGGAAAGCCGCGUGCAGGAACUCCUCGCCAGCCCUCCACCAGCUACUCCAGUGGAAACGCUGGCAUAUGCACAAGCGCUCUUCAUAUAUCAAAUCAUUCGUCUACUAGACAACGACGCCCGAACCUACGCCAUCUACGAAGCCACUAUGCCUCAUCUCGAAGAAGCAUCCAACGCGCUCAUUCCUCACAUCGCCAUCGACGAAGAAGCAGAUUCACCAAGUCAAUCCUCAGAUCUGAUACCCCUGUUUCCCGCCUCAGCAGCACAGGCAUUCUGGACAAAUUGGAUCUUCCAAGAAUCAGCCAAAAGAACCCUCGGUAUGAUCAACUUUUUCAUGCUGACGUAUUACUUCAUGAAAGGCGAGUCGGGUAAUAGAUGCGGUCAGAAUAAAAACAUCGCUGUGAAUCGGUCUGUCACCAUGUCUGCGCAUUUAUGGAACGCUCAAGAUCCUGUCGAUUUUGCACUGGCGUGGCGAAAUAAGAAACAUUUUGUAAUAAAUGUCAGCGCACCAAAUUUCUUGGAGACGAUACUUCAUGAUGCCCAGAAGGAUGACGUUGAUGCGUUUGGCAAGAUAUGUCUAACAUCCUUGAUGGGACUUACUGAGGCAAAAGGCUGGUUAGCUAUGAAGGGAAUUGCUCUAUAG